UUGAUCAAAUGUAUCAAAAAUCGGAGAGAAAAGUAGUGAGAGUGAUACACAUAGAGUGAGUGUAUAAAAGGGUUGGUUUUUUGUAAUAGUUGAGUGAGAGAGUUGCUCCUCCUAUUGUAAUUCUGUUCUGGUUAUGAAUAGAAGAAUUUUCCAAUCCUAACAAGUGGUAUCAGAGCCAGGUUAAUCCAGAAACCCAGAUUUCUUCAUUCUGCCCGAAUUUUUGGUCAAAAUUUUUUUGUUCCAGAAUCUUGUUUUGAGGCCACCAUUAGCAAGCUCUCGUUCUGAGGAUUCCAAAAAUAUAUUUUUCGGAAUUUUUUGACCACCGGAAGGCCUCCAAACGUCCGGUCAAAGUUUCUCUCUCCUGCCAGUCAUAGCCGCUGCAGUACUCCAGUCCGGCAGCAACCUCGCCGGAGAAGAAGACCAGUUAGCACGCCACGUCAUCGCCACGUCAUCGCCACGUCAUCGCCCAGUCAUCGCCACGUCACCGACAGCCGACCUGUUGGACCACCUGCUGUGCCACGUCAUCUGACACGUCAUAUGCCACGUCAUCAACACGUCACUGCCCAGGUGGUGCCACGUCAUCAGCCUGGUUGGCUGCCCACUGGUUUGGGCCAGAACCGGUCCGGUUCGGCUUGUGGUUCAAUACUCCGGUUCACGCUCUUCCCGACCGGUUCUUGAAGAGGUGAGACCGGUUCCCACCAUUUUCGGCCAUUCCGGAUUCAACGGUGUGCUCCGUUUGGCCUAAUUCAGCUUCCAAAUUGAGGUACGGGAAUAAGUGUACAUAUUUAUCAUGGAAAAGUCAUCUUCGGAUACAAUGAUUGCGCUCACUUCCACAAAUUACAACAUGUGGAAACCACGGAUGGAGGAUUUGUUAAAUUUGAAAGAUUUAGCAGAUCCUCUUGAUAAUAAUGGCGUCAAACCAGAUAAAAAGACGGAUGAAGAAUGGGCUAAGAUGAACAGAAAAACUGUCGCACAAAUCCGACAAUGGAUUGAUCAUAGCGUGUUCCAUCAUGUUUCUCAAGAGCAAAGUGCUCACACACUAUGGGAGAAACUUAGUAGCAUGUACCAAGCAAAAACUGCUCGGAAUAAAACGCUGCUGAUGAGACGAUUAGUGAACCACAAGUUACGUGGUGGCAUUUCUGUGUCGGAACACACGAGCCAGUUCCAGGAUCUUGUGAAUCAAUUGAGCACCACCGGAUGGGUCCUCAAAGAUGAAGAACAAGCAAUACUUUUGCUUAGCUCUCUACCUGAUAAUUGGGAGACUCUUGUUAUUACUCUCAGUAAUUCUGCCCCAAAUGGUACCGUGACUAUGCAGAUGGUCACGGACGCCUUGAUGAAUGAGGAAGCACGAAGGAAGGAAGCUGAGACUGAUCAGUCUUAUGCUCUCGUCUCAGAAACCAGCAGGCGAGGCGGAGGCAGAAAUGGAGGUAGAGGACGAGGUCGAGGCAGAGGCAGAGCUCGAGGUCAAAGUAGAGGGAGAUCUCAAGUUCGAGGAAGAUCACAAGAGCGGGGGAAGUCCGUCGAUACCAAUACGAGGGCUAUUGCAACCAUUGUGGUCAUUAUGGGCACAGAAAGAGGGAAUGCCGAAAGUUUCUACGGGAGCAGCCUCAGACGAGUCAAAGUUCAAACAAGGAAGAUGGUGAGACCAUGGUCACCAUGGCACCGGACAUUGCACUUGUUACUUGCGGAGAAGAAGCAUGCCUACACGUAGGUACGCAUGAUAUUGAGUGGGUGAUUGAUACCGCUGCAUCAUUUCACGCCACUCCGCACCAAAGUCUAUUUGCAACUUAUAAUUCCGGAGACCAUGGUGCUGUGAAGAUGGGAAACACGAGUUUCUCAAACAUUGUUGGCAUUGGAGAUGUGCACAUUCAAACAAGUGUUGGCUGCACACUUGUGUUGAAAGAUGUUCGGCAUGUUCCAGAUCUGAGAUUGAAUCUUAUCUCAGGAGUUGCUCUAGAUCGGCAGGGGUAUGAAAGCCAGUUCAAAGAAGGUGCGUGGAAAUUAUCUAAAGGCUCUAUGAUUAUUGCAAGAGGUCAUAUCUGUGGUACUCUUUACAAAACCCAUGUAAAGUUGUAUCCUCCAAGUCUCAAUGCUGUUCAAGGAGAGACAUCACCAAAUCUGUGGCACCGGAGGUUAGGCCACAUGAGUGUGAAAGGACUGACAACUCUUGCAAAGAAGGAAGCAAUCUUUAUUGAUAAAGAUGUCGCUCUGGAUCCCUGCGAUCACUGUCUAUUUGGGAAACAACAUCGAGUUUCUUUCAGUUCCACUAGAAAGAAUCAUUCUGAAAUACUCGAUCUUAUCCACACUGAUGUAUGUGGACCCAUUGAAGAGGAGUCACUUGGAGGCAGCAGAUAUUUUGUGACAUUCAUUGAUGAUGCGUCACGAAAGGUAUGGGCUUAUUGUCUCAAAUCUAAGGAUCAAGUAUUUGAUCGCUUUAAAAUAUUUCAUACUAUGGUAGAAAGAGAGACAGGAAAGAAGCUGAAGUGCCUUCGUUCUGACAACGGAGGCGAGUACACUUCCCGGGAGUUCUUAGCAUAUUGUGCUGAACAUGGAAUCAGGCAUGAGAAGUCGGUGCCACGGACCCCACAACACAACGGUGUAGCCGAAAGAAUGAAUCGAACUAUUGUGGAGAAAGUUCGGUGCAUGCUCAGUAUGGCUACAUUACCAAAGCCAUUCUGGGGCGAAGCUGUGUUGACAGCUUGCUAUCUUAUAAACAGGUCACCCUCAGUUCCCUUAAACUUUGAAGUUCCUGAGAAGAAAUGGUCAGGAAAAGACAUUUCUUACUCUCACUUGAAAGUGUUUGGGUGCAAGGCCUUUGCACAUGUGUCCAAAGAGUUGAGGCAAAAACUUGAUCUUAAGUCGAACCCAUGCAUCUUCAUCGGCUAUGGAGAUCAAGAAUUUGGAUACCGGUUGUGGGAUCCCGAAAUGAAGAAAGUUAUUCGAAGUAGAGAUGUGGUGUUUCAUGAAUCCCAAUUUCAUGAUCUUACUCCAACAAACAACAAACAACAUAUCUCUCAUGCUCCUGAAGACGUUCCUGUAGUAUCACACGUUCCUCUUAACAAUGAGGAAGUGAGUGAUAAUACUGAACCAGUGAAUGAUGGCCCAGUAGUUGUUGAUGAUGUUCAAGAUGGAGGGAUUCCUGAGCAGGGAGAGCAUUCAUCUGAAGGCCACACUGACAACACACAACUUCGACGUUCUACGCGAGGUACUGUUCCACAAAGAAGGUACCCGACAUCUGAAUGGAUCCUUCUUACCAGCGAGGGGGAGCCAGAGAGCUUUCGAGAAGCUCAAUCUCAUCAAGACAAGUCCAAUUGGUGGGAGGCCAUGGGAGAUGAGAUGAAAUCCUUGCAGAAGAACCAAACUUAUGACUUGGUGCCACUUCCCAAAGGAAAGAAAGCCUUGAAAAACAAAUGGGUUUUUAAGGUGAAGAAAGAUGUCAAGGGAAAUAUUGUGAAGCACAAGGCAAGACUCGUGGUCAAAGGAUUCCAACAAAAACAGGGAAUUGAUUUUGAUGAGAUCUUUUCGUCGGUUGUGAAGAUGAUGUCGAUCCGAGUGGUACUCGGGUUGGUUGCCAGUCUAAAUCUUGAACUUGAACAUAUGGAUGUGAAAACAGCAUUUCUCCAUGGUGAUCUGAAAGAGGAAAUAUACAUGGAGCAACCCGAAGGUUUCCAAGUUCCAAAGAAAGAACAUCUUGUUUGCAGGUUAAAGAAGAGCCUGUACGGCCUCAAGCAAGCCCCGAGGCAAUGGUACAAGAAGUUCGACUCAUUCAUGGUGAAGCACCAAUACAGGAGAACAGUGGCAGACCAUUGCGUGUACUUGAAGAAGUUCCCAGAUGGAAAAUUUAUCAUCCUUCUGCUCUAUGUGGAUGAUAUGCUGAUAGUAGGCCAAGAUGUGUCCCUCAUCAACAACUUGAAGCAAGAUUUGUCUAAGUUUUUUGAUAUGAAAGACUUAGGCCCGGCGCAACAAAUUUUGGGCAUGAAAAUUGUUCGUGAUCGGAAGGCAAGGAAGUUGUUCUUAUCACAAGAAGAGUAUGUUGAACGCGUGAUCAAAAGGUUCAACAUGGAUAAUGCCAAACCUGUAGGCACUCCGCUAGCCAAUCACUUCAAGUUGAGUAAGGAAAGUUGUCCUUCUUCUGAGAAAGAAAAGGAGAUGAUGAAAGCAGUACCCUACUCUUCAGCAGUAGGAAGUUUGAUGUAUGCAAUGGUGUGUACAAGACCUGAUAUUGCUCACGCGGUUGGUGUUGUAAGUAGGUACUUGUCAAAUCCAGGAAGAGAACAUUGGGAAGUUGUCAAAUGGAUACUUAGGUAUCUGAAGGGUACAUCAAAGCUAUGCUUGUGCUACGGGGGAGCGAAACCAAUCUUGGAAGGUUAUACAGAUGCUGAUAUGGCUGGAGAUCUUGAUAGUAGAAAAUCUACUUCAAGUUACAUAUUCACAUUAGCAGGGGGAGCCGUCUCAUGGCAGUCCAAGUUGCAGAGGUGUGUAGCAUUGUCUACGACAGAAGCUGAAUACAUUGCCGCUGUUGAAGCCGGAAAGGAGCUCAAGUGGCUGAAACGUUUUCUCCAAGAGUUGGGCUAUCCUCAAGAGGAGUACAUCAUUCAUUGUGAUAGUCAGAGUGCUAUGGAUCUUAGCAAGAACUCGAUGUAUCAUUCACGCACAAAACAUAUCGAUGUUCGAUAUCACUGGCUUAGAGAAGCAAUUGAGGAAGAUGAACUAAAGCUCUCCAAGAUACACACAAACAAAAAUGCGGCCGACAUGCUAACUAAAGUGGUGCCACACGAGAAGCACAAGCUAUGUACAAGCAUCAUUGGAAUGAGAGAAUUACGGAAAAAGCUGGAGGGGGAGAUUUGUAGGAUUGCUGCAGCUCCCAUACACACACCCACUCCAUGGCAUGAAGCUCCAUCCUCCAUCAAUUAAAAGGUAUGGGAAGGCAUGGGAAGGCAUGGGAAGGCAUGGGAUGCUAUAUGGGCUGCAUGCAAUUGUCUCCCAGCAUUUCCCUAUAAAUAGGGUGGUUCUAGCUUGAUCAAAUGUAUCAAAAAUCGGAGAGAAAAGUAGUGAGAGUGAUACACAUAGAGUGAGUGUAUAAAAGGGUUGGUUUUUUGUAAUAGUUGAGUGAGAGAGUUGCUCCUCCUAUUGUAAUUCUGUUCUGGUUAUGAAUAGAAGAAUUUUCCAAUCCUAACAUUGCGGGGGGUCGGUUCUAUGACCCUAAAAAGGGUAGGAUUUUAUUUAGAUCCAUUCUUUGUUUCACUAGUACUAGUAGUAGUGAUGGACCGGGCCGAGAGAAGAUAUGAUUUCUAGACAACUCGUGCAUCGGGUGUCUAGUAUUAAUCAAGUAUUUGUACAUAAUUGAACCAACAAUGUCCAUUAAUAAAUUUAAGUAUAUCAUCUCCAAUGGUAGAGUUUGGUCUCUAACAUACAUUUAGGCACGAGUCCAAUUUUUUAUUUUAUUUUCCAACUUUAUGCAUAUGUCGUGCAUAUCUUCCAAUUUACCUUAGAUUUCAUUUUUUUCAUAUAACUUUUAACUCACUUUCUUCUACAAGCUCGUUAGACAAUAUUGCAAUCAUGGUUCUAAAACUCGGAAAACUCGGCCGCCUAGUCGCCGCAUAAUCGCUAGACGGCAAGCUGCUGCAGAGAUUUUAUUGUUUUCGUCCCUAAAAUCGCUCUACGGACUAGCCGGACGCGCAGCCCGAGUAAUUGCGGAGUAGUCGUCCGCCUAGGGUAACAGAUUACUCGGCCCAGACAUUAAAAAAAGGUGUGUUGAUAGAGUACGGCCAUUUCUUCUCUUCGCCUAGUCCACUGAUACCUAAUAGAAUAUAUACGACUCAUCCUUCUCUUCAAUGGAACGAUGGCCAUAGUUGUCGGAUUCCCUUCAUUGAGCCAUCAUCUCCACUCUCCAGACAAAAAGGAGUUAUUAACAUUUUGAAAGUUGAAUAUGACCCUGCUCGGAUCGUAAGUGAUGAUGCCUUUUUACCAAAGUGGUACAAAGCAUUGCUGGUUUUAUUUUAAUUGGAACUUUCGUUGCCCUUUUCAAGGCUAUUCUGCUAUGGAGUAAAAAGAAUGCAGUAGAAUGAAGGAUUACAUCUUCAUCUCAAGGAUCAAAGGAAUAGAUGCGGCUGACCAAUUAAACAAAAAAAUGAACAAGGCAGUACACAAUCUUUAAAGAAACCUCCUAAUGCCUCUUGUGAUCAUGGUGUAUUGUCAUUUGAGUGCUCUAGAAGUUGAUUUAAAACCUUGUAAGCUCAUUGUGAUGUUUUAAUUUCUUUAAUUUUUGUAAACCUAGCAAUCCUGACUUAUAAU